CCGUGCGGCGGACGUAUGAUCGGCGCGCGCAUACACUCACGUGUGGACUGUGAUACGAGUGCAUUGGGGUGUCUGUGGGGUGUUUUUGGCGGGAGGCGCGAGCGCCUGCAUUUGAAGGGUUAACUCGUGAUAAUAGCGAGUAACAUUCCUGGGUCGCUUCGCGAAGGAUGAGGAGUAAGCACCGGGGUUGGGAUUGCUUCGUCGAUCAACUUGAUGCAACAGGAUGACGUGGCGGGUGUUGGCGGUGUUGGCGCUCGCGGCGGCGGUGGCGGGCGAGCCGGUGUUCGACCCGGCCACGCUGAUGCGCCUGGUGCUGGUGCCGGCGGACGCCGCCGUCGGCUCCGUCAUAUACAGAGUGCGCGCCUCCGACCCCGACUUCGACUAUCCACUGCACUUCGAGCUUAUUGGUCAAAUGGGUCGUCUAGACAUCGGGGUGGAGACUCUCCCGUGCACGCGGUACAACUCGGUGUGCCAGGCCAACGUGAUCCUGCUGCGGCGGCUGGAGCCGGGCCGCUACGUGGACUUCCGACUGUCCGCGCGCAACACCCGCGGCCGCAGCGCACGCAUCGCCUGCUCCGUCACCGGGACCAACGCGACCACGCCGCGCGACACCAUCUUUCCGCACCAGCCCGGGAUCAUCAUAGUGCCUGAGGAUGCGAAGCGCGGCACAGAUCUGGAGAUAGUGAUAGCGAGAAAGAACCCUUUGUCUCCCAAACCGCUGGAAUUGGAGCUAUGGGGUUCUCCUCUAUUUGCGAUACGGCAAAGGCGGGUGUCGACCGAAAACACCGAGGGUACGAUUUUCCUCGUUGGACCUUUGGACUUCGAAGCGCAAUCUAUGUACCACCUGACUCUACUGGCAGUCGACCCGUACGUGGAGCUAGGCAAGGAUACUCGCAACAUCGCUGCGCUAGAAGUGGUGGUGGUGGUCCAAGACGUCCAGGACAUGCCGCCCGUCUUCACAUCGGCUCCCCCCAUCACCCACCUGCCUCGCCAGGUGGUUCCUGGAGACAUGGUGGUGAGGGUCCGGGCUGAGGACGGAGACAAGGGGGCGCCGAGGCAGAUCAGAUACGGGCUGGUCUCCGAGGGGAACCCUUUUACGCCGUUCUUCAACAUCAAUGAAACUACAGGAGAAGUGACUUUGGAAAGGCCUAUUGAAGAUAUAGCAGCAAUCUCUCAUGCCGGAGCACCGAUACUGCUGACAGUUGUUGCAGAAGAAGUGCGACUGUCCAGGGAAGAGCCUGAAGCGAUGUCCUCCACUGUGCAACUGGCGUUCAUCCUCCCAGAACGAGACAACUCGCCACCCUAUUUUGAAAACGAAUCGUACAUAGCAUAUUUAGACGAAAAUGCUCCUCAAGGGACCGCUAUUGUUUUCAAUGAUCCAUACAUUCCACAAGUGAAUGACAACGAUGCAGGGAAGAAUGGCGUCUUCUCUCUGUCCUUGUUGGGCAACAACGGAACCUUCGAAAUAACUCCAACCGUUGCCGAAAGACACGCUCAAUUCAUUAUCAAGGUCAGGGAUAAUACCAUGCUAGAUUUCGAGGCUAGAAAAUCGGUUGUAUUUCAGAUUUUGGCACAAGAACUUGGUCCAGCAACCAAUUUGUCAGCAACGGUGAACGUUACUGUAUAUUUAAACGACGUCAACGACAACGCACCAGUUUUCUUGGCACUUUCAUAUGAUGUUGAACUGCCAGAAAACAUCACAGCAGGGGCGAAAGUGGUGCAAGUUGCUGCUGACGAUGUAGAUACGGGGAACUUUGGAAAAAUCCAGUAUACUGCCAUAUUAGGAUAUUUAAAUACUUCUUUAAAUUUAGAUCCAAUUACGGGUGUAAUAACGGUUGCGACCAAUAAUCACGGUUUCGAUCGUGAGGCGAUGCCAGAUUUGCAUUUCUUAGUAGAGGCUAGAGAUAAUGACGGGGUAGGUUUAAGGGUAACAGUGCCAUUAAUAAUUAAGUUAUUAGAUGUUAAUGAUAACCCACCUGAAUUCGAAAGAUCGGUGUAUGAAUUUGUAUUAUCACCGAACUUGAAUAACUUCACUUCACCGGCUUUUGUAAAAGCAAUAGACAAAGACGCUGAAGCACCAAAUAAUGUUGUAAGAUAUGAAAUUAUACAUGGAGAUACAGAAAAAUUUGCAAUCAAUGAAGAAACAGGGGAAUUGUACUUGCUGGACUCGUUAAAAAGGACCAAAAAACAAAACAGAAGAAAAAGAGAGAGUCAAGCACAAGAAAGUGAAGUAUUUGUGUUAACAGUCCGGGCUUACGACCUCGGAAUUCCUAGAUUAUCCUCAACAACAACAGUAAAAGUAUAUCCACCGGAGAGUAAGACUCGAACUAUGUCGUUUAUUGUACCGGGUGCCAAUCCAGAUAGAAAGAAAUUGGAAGAAGUAUUGAGUACACUUUCUGGAGGUAGAGUGACAAUUGUAGAUAUAAAGCCCUACAAAGGAAAAGAAAAUAAUGGAAAAGACAUUAUUGGCGAAGACUCUAGUCAAGAAAGAAGUGAAGUCAUAGCCCUGGUUCACUCAGCUAGCAAUAAUGCUAUAGAUGUCACGAAGCUUCAAGAACAAUUAGCCAAAAAUAAAAUGGUAUACACAACAGGAUCUGGUAACCGGGAUCAAACAUCAACGUCGUUUGAGGACAAUAACUCGAACUUGUACAAAGCUGAAAGCAGACUGCUAUUCUGGUUGCUUAUUUUAUUAGCGAUUCUAAUCGCUUUGGUGCUUCUUCUACUAAUAUGUUGUUGUAUAUGUGAAGGAUGUCCGUUAUACAUGCCACCCAGGAAAAGAGUGAUACGUGUCAACUCCACAGAGGACGACGUGCAUUUAGUGGUACGAGACAAGGGAGUUGGGAGGGAAAACAAGUCGACGCAAAAUAUAGAAAGUAAGUUAAGACAGUCGCCAGAGUGGAAAAGGAGGGAAGCCUGGAGCGCUGAACAAGCAGAUUUGAGAACGAAACCAACUCAAUGGAAGUUCAAUAAAAGAAAUUACAGAUCCAAGGACCACAGUAAACCAGCCUCAACACCUGGUGAUUUACGACAUGAAUUCAUCCAAACUGCUGCCGAUAAUGACUACAAAUAUGAUGAUACACGACAAUCUCUUCGUCAGAGAGAUGGCCCAAACAUUAUUUAUACUAAAGAAAUGCAACUUCAAGAUGCAGUUACAAAUAAACAUAAAGAAUACAUAGAAGAUUUAGAAAAUGGCUAUGACAGAAUAGCCACGCUUCAUUAUCAACACAAAGAACAGGAUGAUGAUUCAAUAAGAAGACACGAAAUUGAUCGUGGAUCCGACGUUGGUGUCAUUCUUAAAUCAGAAGCAAGCAAUAACAAGUAUGAAAAAGGUGAUUCUAGACUUCAACGAGACUAUCAAGGUACAAAACAGGCUGCAUCAUCCUUUAGUCGGGAUCAUUUAUUUAUCAAAGAAGGUAAUACUGAAAUAUUAAGAUUAGUUACGAGAGGUAAAAAUGAAGAAGAACGGUAUGUUAAUCUCUCUAAACAUCAACAAAGACCAGUGACACUUGUUCCUCAUACUCAGUAUGUUGUUAUAGACAGUGGAAAGGAUAUGUUAAUGGAAAGAUUUAUUAGGGAACAGGGUGAGGAGGCAAAACAAAUAAGGGACAAAAUGCAGGAGCAAGUUACAGAUUUAGACAACAUAUCAAAUGACAAAGAUGAAAAAAGUACUGGACGCCAUUCCCGCACAGGAUCUAAUAUUCAAAACAAACUUCACGAUUAUACUAAUUUACAUGAUGUGCCAGGAAUUGUACCCCUAAAAUCAGAAUAUUUACAAUCUGCAUUAUUAGAGAUGCAAAAUAAAUCUUCUAUUCAACAAGAAUUGCUUGAAUCUUCGUUACGAAAACAAAAUGAAUUACUACAUCAAAUACUUAUUGAACGGGAAAGAAUUUUACAAAAUCAAGAAACUGCAUCACAAGUUGAAAGUAAAUUAGAAACUCAAAGCCUACCUGGACACGCUGUUAUGGCUACUCAGACAGAAUGUCAUAUAGGCACUCAAACCGAACCUCAAUUAUUAAACGAUGUAAAGAGAAAAUCCAGAAGUGAUAAUGACUCUUAUAGUGAAGAUGAUUCUCAAUCAAUAUCAGAUGAACAAGCAAGAAAACUUGCAUGGCUUAAAAAGAAGAAACCUAGAAAAAAAAGUAAGUACAAAGAACCAAAAAAGAACGUUCAAGUAUAUGAGUUAAAAAGAAAAAUAAAGACACCGAUUUUAGAGGAAAGCGAUAUUUCUCCUUCGUUAGAAAGUGAAAGUCGUGUACGAAUAAGUAAAAUAAAUGAGAGAGAAGAACAUAUUAAAAACUAUGGAAAUAUCACCAAAAGUACAAUUACGACAUCAAAGAAUGAAACAUUGUAUUCCACAGAAACAAAACCCAAUGACAGCAGUAAAAAAUCAAAAUUAGAUAGAGACGUGUUACUUGAAAUUUCAGACUCCUUAGAAGAUAUAUCAGAAACUAAAUAUAAAAACAAAUCUAAAUUAAAACGAAGAUCACUUGUAGAGAACAAAGACUUUUCAAAGAAAGCACUGGCACUAGAGCACCGCAAUAGUGUAGACAUUGAAAGCACAAGUAGUUCUUCGAGUAAAAAGAACCAAGAGAUAAAAGAAGUGUAUGAUUCUUCCAAUCAGCUGCAAGUAGAUGAAUCAAAUGCACAGUUUACUACAGAAGACAGCAAUGUCACACCUCAUCAAACAUCUACUAAUUUAAAAAGUGAAAAAGAUGUUAGUUUAAUAAAGAGCAGUGAAAAGGAGCCCUCGAAGAUAGCCAAUGGGGUAAAACCACCACAAAAAAGUUUGCCGCGAUAUAUGCAAUGGUAUAGUAAAAAAACGACUAGCAGCUCCAAAGGAACAGCCUCAGAGAAAGAUGUUCCAGAGAAACCGAAACGGCCAUCUAAAUCAAAAAGUGAUCAAGAAAAAGAAGGUAAAGAUAAAAAUGUUCAAUACGGUAAGAUACUAAGCAAAGAUGUUAGUCAAUCCGCUGAAGUAAAAAAAAACUUCAAGGAAAAAGAAAGUGAAUUCAUACAUCCGCGCCUUCUCAAAGAGGAGAGAGUGACACCCAUACCAGAAGGUCCCUUGCCUGAUGCACAUCCAUUGUUGCAACAUUCAGAGCACAGAUAUGAACAUCAAUAUGAAAAUCAAAACCCGCUUUGCCAUAUUCAACCAACACAUAUUCCCAAGUAUUUUGGUAACCAGCCUGUGACAGCAAUGCCGCGACAGAAGUCACACGAACCGCAGCCGAUUUAUGCCAAUCAAGAGGAUACGAAAAGCAAGAAAAUCGUUCCAGACAUAUCCGAAAGUGCGUUAACUCACAGCAUAUCCAUCUCUGCAAAUUAUGGGGAUGGUAAAAAGCCUGCUCAAGAAGUGCACGUAUCGAAAAUUAACAUCGGUGGUGAUACAGCAGAAACCAGUCAAAAGAAUGCAACGAAAUUGGAAGAUAACGACUCUGGGAUCGCAAUGAGUACAUUGGUUCAGCAAACUGGCAACAUCAAAAGGUUGCCAAUCACAGAAAAGAAAAGCGUUUUCACGAUAGCCUACGACGAUGUCCAUACGAAACAGCUAAGACCAGACUCCAGCUCCACCUCCUAUUAAUAUGCAACAGAUAUUAUUGCUAAUCAUAAGUUUUAAGGUCAUUGCACCAGUUAAAGUUAAAUGUUAUAAAAUACGUUAUGUC